AUGACCGACUUCAACCCCAACAGUGUCGAUCUAGACACAGCUGAUCCAAAAGAUAUCAUUUGUUAUCUCGGUCUUGGUGAGAAUGAGUACAAUGGAAAAUUGGGAGCUCGUAUCUCUGCUCUCUUCGUGAUCUUGAUCGUCUCCUCGGCUGCUACCUUCUUUCCCGUUAUUGCUGCAAGAGUCAGCUGGGUUAAGAUUAAUAUCUAUGUCUACCUCUUCGCUCGUUACUUUGGUGCUGGGGUUAUCAUCGCAACUGCUUUCGUCCAUUUACUUGAUCCCGCCUAUGGAGAAAUUGGUCCCGACACGUGUGUUGGAAUGACUGGUGGCUGGGCCGAGUAUUCUUGGGUACCUGCUAUUGUUUUACUCUCAGUCUUGUCCAUCUUCAUGAUGGACUUUGCUGCUGAACAAUAUGUUGAUCGCAAGUAUGGCUUCGCACAUGGUCCAUCUAUCGAAGAUGUUGUCACCAAUCAACCUGGCAACAACACUGUUCGUCGCGCAACCCUCACACACAAUCAACUUCAUUCGGGUGAUCAAGAUCCAAACCUCUUCGAUAACAUCGCACAAGCUCAAGAAUUGAAGGAUCACAGCCCUGCAUCCAACUCUUUCUCCAACGAAAAGGAUGUUGAGAAGAUUACAACUUCCUCUGAGAUGGCAGAAGAACGUUCUUUCCGUCAACAAAUUUGUGCUUUCUUGAUUCUCGAAUUUGGUGUCAUCUUUCACUCUGUCAUCAUCGGUCUUAAUCUUGGUACUGCCGGUGAUGAGUUUGCAACUCUCUACCCUGUCCUGGUCUUCCAUCAAUCCUUUGAGGGUCUUGGUAUCGGCGCUCGUAUGUCUGCCAUUCCUUUCCCCAAGCGUUUCUCUUGGCUUCCAUGGGUUCUUUGCGCAGGUUAUGGUCUCACCACACCCAUCGCUAUUGCCAUUGGUCUUGGUCUUCGCACAACUUAUAACUCUGGUUCAUUCACUGCCAAUGUCAUCUCUGGUGUUCUCGAUUCCAUCUCUGCUGGUAUCCUCAUCUACACUGGUUUAGUUGAGUUAUUGGCUCGUGAUUUCUUGUUCAACCCAGACUUGACUCGUGAUAGGAAGAGACUUACAUUCAUGAUCUGUUGCGUUUUACUCGGAACAUUCAUCAUGGCUCUUCUUGGUAAAUGGGCUUAA